AUGCCUGCGAGUUCGUCGACAAUGAACAACUCCAGCUCAGAGGAGUCCUACGACAUGACGGAGGCCAAAGACUUUGCUCCACCACCUGCACAGAGCCCCAAGAGCGCCAAAGUGUUCUUCAACAACAUCGCAGACUUCGAAAACGCGUCCACCAUUGAUCCUCCUGAGAACAUGCUCGCCGAAACCUUUUCCACCGAAACCAGAGCCGGCAGACCACGUUCCAUGUCCCACCAUCUUUCAAGCAAGAAGAUCCCCUCAAGGCGGCUGCUCAAGAUCAAAGCGAAGUUCUGGAGGUCGCUCAUGACCCUGGCAAUGCAUUUUCACGAUUUCGCGCCGCCUCGACCACCACCCCCGGCGUUCAAACAUAAGAUCCCCACGGACACUACUCCCAUCGAACUCUUCUUCUACCUUCCCCCCAGAUACGAAGACACUCUUCGCAGGGACCCUUCUUUCCGCUUUCCUGCUGUCAUAAACUUCCACGGAGGUGGAUUUUGUCUAGGCGAUGCAAGAGAUGAUCGAUAUUGGGCAAGAGUUGUUCUGGAGCAUACCAACGCCAUCUUCGUGAGCGUCAACUACCGUCGGGCUCCCGAACACCCAUUUCCUGUACCGGUAGAUGAUUGCGUUGAGUCAAUCCUCUACGUGGAGGAACACGCGGCAGAAUUACAUAUCGAUGCGUCCAACCUCGCUCUCUCUGGAUUCUCCGCCGGCGGUAAUCUGGCAUUCAGUGCCUCAUUCCGCCUGGCAUAUCACAGAGGAAUGGAUGCAAUGGAUUGGAGGUCGUCCCGGCCCACAACGUCUCACAGCGUUGUAACAACGUCUCACAGCGUUGUAACUGAUGCUGAAGGCACCGAUCGUGAAGGAAAUGACCACGAUAUCCACAGCCUCGUCACUCCCAUUCACUCGACCUCCAACCUCCUGCGGGACCGGACGGACACCCCGUUACGGAUUCGCUCUAUAGUUGCCUGGUAUCCUCUACUAGACUGGACAAUGUCUCGAAGCCGAAAGAUACGCGAGUCUCGCAAUCCGAAGAAAUGUCUACCCAAAACCUUCACCGACCUCUUUGACUUUUCUUAUCUCCCUCCUCCAGACGUUUCAGGCGACCAUUGUAGUCCCUAUGCCUCGCCAGGUCUUGCACAGGAUCACAUGAUUUGCGACGGCCUACCGGCUGAUAUUCAAAUGUGGCUCUGUGAGUGGGACAUGCUGCUCCGCGAAGGCCAAAUCUUCGCCGAUCGUCUUGACAGACUUGGCAAGAGAAUCGACACUAAACUGAUACCACGCGUGCCUCACGCAUGGGACAAAUCGCCCAACCCCUUCCGAGACCAGAGGGCAAUCGAUAUCUUGUAUACGAAGUCAGCAAUGAACCUAAAUAAGGUGUUCCAAGAUAAAGAAGGAUAUGGUCCUGCAAACUCGAUGAGUUCUCUCCAUGCCACGGAUUCCAUUAUUGAGAGGCAACCAAGACGAAGUAUUGUCUUACCGAUAUGA